AUGCGCUUCCGCCCCUUCAGGCGCAAGAAGGAGAGGGUGAAGGGCAACGGCGGUGCUGUCCCAGCACCUGCGGAAAACGCCAAACCGCAAGAGAGAUAUCCAAAAGGUUCGGCUGAAGAGGAGCCGCUAACAAGUCCUAUAUCACCACCCGAGCAACCAGGGCAAGCACAGUUGGCACCAUCGCCACAUCAGCCAACUGAAUCACAGAAAGACAAUAUUCGAAGCCCCGACAGCGAGCGCAAAGAUGAAGCGCUGCAUCCGGAUGUCCCAGAGAUGGACGCAGAGUUGAUGGAAAUCUGGGCUAAGAUCCGAGACCGGGUGAAGGAUCUCGCGGAACGAGAGAACAAAUCGGUCAAUGAGCAUUUGGACAUCGGCGAAGUUCUCAAAAAUCUGGAUAAAAAGGAGCUGGGAAAAAAGGAAAAGGUGAAAAGGUGUUUUAGCAACACAUUGACCGUCAUUAAGAAGGUUGGCGGGUUCGUCGUGGAUGCCUCAUCGCAGGUAUUUAAACCUGCAUCGCAAUGCUAUAAUGCCAUCACAUUCCUUAUUGAUGCGUAUGAGGGGUACCAGGGUGCAUUUGAUGGGUUGGGUGAGCUUUUCGAAGAAUGUACAGAUUACUUGCACCGUCUUCCAUAUUACGUCAAGGGCAAAAUAGAUGCAAAAUUGAUUAAACUGGCGGCUCAGCAACUGGACUUGUUUGUGAGAGUCUGUGAUGCGGCCUUGAGUCUGCGCUAUUCAGCGGGUCAAAAGAUCAAAAUGGCAUUCAAGGUUAUGUUUCUGGCAGAUGACGGUGUCCAGCCUCUCUUGGGUGAAAUGGCCAAGCUCGUCAAACGAGAGCGCAAUCUGGUCUCCGCCCAGACCUUCCUCUCUUCUCGCCAGGCGGCCGAUGCGGCCCGUGAAGGAUUGGAUACGACCAAGAAAGUGGAGAGAAUUGUCUCCGAGAUGCAGGCUCAGGAGAGGGAAGUCGUUAGAGAAAACGCCAUAAAGAAGGCGUUGGGGUUUACGAGCCAGCCGGAUACACCCUGGCGUAUUCGAUAUCGAGAAUAUUUAAAUCAAAGACUGCCGGGAACAGGCCGGUGGAUCUUCGAUGAACCAGCAUUUGCCACUUGGGAGACAAGGCAUUCCGCAGCCAACAUUCUCGCGAUCGAGGGAGGCGAUGGAACCGGCAAGAGCUUUCUAGCCUCAGCGAUUAUCCAACAUCUUCUGCACAAGAAAUCGACCAAAGACGCCGGUCCCCGUGUUUCCACUGCAUAUUAUUUUUUUGAGGGGCCAGCACGGGAUGCUGUGAGAAAUGCAAGCAAUCUCGAGACUGCGGCCAAAUCUCUUGUCUGGCAGUUUACCCAGGCCGAAAGGCACUACAAGAAGUCAGUCGCGGAGAUCUGUGCCAAGUCACAGGAGAUCGACCCGGCCUCGAUCUCCAGCGAGCUUCUGUUUGAAAACACUGAUCUACCCGAGAUGAACAUCCUUUUUUAUGUUGUUAUCGACGGCUUGAGUGGUAAGAUGGGAGAAGGCAUGCUGCGCUUUCUGAGGCAGGCCUCUUCGAUGAAAGUGCACCGACGUGUCCGAGUACUCCUCACUGUCGACUCUGAGUGUUGCCAGCAUUUGGCAACUGUGGAUGGUGUCUCUUUGAAUUCUAUCCCUAUUAGCUCCAAGAGUCGAACGGACAUGGAAAUAGUUAUGCAAUCGAGGAUGGAUUCUAUGAUCGCCUUAGCUGAUAUGACACGCACGGGAAUUCCAGAGCUAAGAAGUAGGAUCUGUGACGAACUCUAUCAAGCAACUAAUGGUGACUAUUUCCGAAUUAACUUGGCUCUCGAUGACAUCAGCAAGCGAGAGUAUAUCUCCGAUAUCAUGGAUGCCCUGAAGAAAGCAGGCGAAGGACGCGUUACGCAAAUAAAAAAUGAAAUAGAAGGACUCAAUCACAACAGCUCAGAGGCAGAAAUCUCCGAGAUCAACGAGAUAAUUAUCUGGAUUAGACGCUAUCGCGAAAGCUUGACGGAAAGACAGAUGACAGCGGCUUUAUAUGCGGCAGUUGGAGAAUCAUCACUCUUAAGCCUAGCAGAUAAGAUCAAGGAGAAAUAUCCUCUGUUCAAGAUUACCAAUAAGGGUGAAGUGACUUUCCGAGCUCCGGAGGUUGAGGAGUCAAUCCCUGACAAGCACGGUCCUUCAUCUCUGCAGGAGGGCCCAGGAGCAGUAGUCUCCCCAGGCGAGAUGGCCAUGAUCAAACAUUUCCUCUCCACAGUCUGUCCCCAGGAGACUUACACCAAAUUAGAGUUUGAUCAGUUUCUCGAAAGCAAAAAGCAGAUUCGGAAGAACCAAAUCUACAAGAACGAGUUGCACAUCGAGGAGGCCAAGAUGGCGCUCACUUUGUUACGCCUGCUCACGGGGGAGACAAACCAACCAAGUGGAGAUCUGUUAUCGUACGCAAGAAGAAACUUCGUACAACAUCUUUCCACUGUCAACUUGGCACUAGUAGACAUUGAAUACAAAAAGCUCUUUGGACCCCACCUGAUCAAACUCUUCAGGAAUCCCGCCGCCAUCGAUAUCGCACUGAACAAUGAUGAGCUUCCUGGCCCCUCGACCACACAACGUCAAAUUGGCCGUGAAUUUAUGCUUAGCGAUGAGGUUGCCACUCUGAUUCUUCGCUGGUUGAAUGACACAGCCGUUAUAUUGGAAAUCGGCAGUGAAGAUCAGCAGUGGGUCACUGGUCAGCUUCAGGUGGAAGGCCAUCGAGGGUUACUGACCCCAGCUGCGAAGCAGAUGGCUAUCCAUCUGUUGCAAGAGCCGCAUUUCUUACCACUGACCUUGGAUGCCUUCCGCUUUAUCACGGGCUUCUUAAAGAAGUUCGAACUCAAUGACAAACCGCACAAAGUCGGAUCUGUGGAACAAAUUGAACAGGUCGAGCGAUGGUGUGAGGGAGUAUUGAACACGCAGAAGGACUCCUUGUGGCACACGCAAAUUGGUAGCGUUCUACAAAUCUAUAGACACGAGGAGGAGGCGCAGGCCCGAGCCCGGCAAGCUCUGGAACUUGACCCAGAGAACUGGAGAGCCUCCACUCUUCUAUCCGGACUGGUCAAGCCUCACGACGGGAUCAUGACGUUGAAGCCUGCUGUAGAGAUCCUCGAGUCCAGUGGCCAAGGGAAGCGAUCCUAUCUCGAGCGUGUGGGACUCGCCAAGAUGCUGUUUAUUCUUGCGGAGCUGAGCUGGCAUGAAAAGCAGAUUGAUGCCGCAAUCGAUUUCUGGAUCAGGGCUGUGGAUGUCGAUUUCACUGACUACGGCCGCGUGAUCAAGUGUCUACAAUGCUAUGCUAAACAAGAGCAAUGGUCAGACAUCAUGACGAUUCUGCGGAAAAUGGAUGAGAAACCCACAGAGCAGUUACAGGGUCUAUCGGAAGUAAUCGCCGCGGGUGGUGGCAAAGCAUUCCCCCAUAAAAGGAUUCUGCGCGCAGCUCUUCAUACAAAGCAGCUGGAGUUCAUCGUCUCAGCGUACGAGCGUUCGGUUCAACUCGUUGAUGAGCGUGGGGAGCGCGCAACAUCAUCCAAUCUCCGGUACCACUGCGGACGGGCGGCUCAUGCACUGCAGAACGGCUCAUCCAGGGCGAUUAAACAUUGGCGUCAGGCUCUGGAAAAUGCUGAUCCCUAUCUCUUGUCAAUGUUAAUCAGUUGCGUCGCACCAUAUUACCUGCAAAAGGCCGCCGCAUCCGGAUCUGAUACCGAGGCCGUGUCGGCCUAUCUCAGGGACAUCGAGACGCUUCUUCCCGAGGGUGUUCCUGAGGCCGAUGUCAUCAUUCCUCCGAGAGUCUACACUGCCCGCUAUUACUGGAAGCAGGGCAACAAGAUACAUGCGAAGCAGAUUGCUCGGGACAUUGUGAACCUUAGUCUGGAAAUCCUCUCCGAUGAUGAUGAAGCGAAUGACCUCCCUGCUUACAACCAGCUCCUGUCUGUAUUCAUCGCCUUCGGGGAUAUGACCAACGCUCUGGCAACACGGGCCCUCAUUGUAUUGAAUUUCGACAAGGUUCAAUCGGUGGUUUGCGAUGGCGAGUGCAAUCGCUCCUGGUCCCUUUCGGAGGAGACACAGUGGUGUCAGGAUUGCAUCGACGCCCACUUCGAGAAAGAGUGCUCUCGAAAAAUCGAACAUAACGCGCUCCCAUUUUCUGUUUGUAACAACACUCAUCAAUUCCUCAACGCUCCUCAGAUGGAUGAAUCUGUGAAGCUCAUCCCACCUCGAAUGGUGUCAGUUGGAGACGAAGUGAUCUCGUUUGGAGACUGGCUGGCUCGCAUUCACAGGGACUAUGUUAACUUGAAGAGCUGA